AUGGCACGGCUGGAAGGCGCAGCGCCAGUCUUUCUGAGACCUUUUCACGAGGUCGAGGGAGCAACUCCUGCCGUGCAGCAGGGCGAGAGGGAGCAAGGCGAGAGGCAGAGAGAAGCAUGGGAGAGAGAAGCAUCGGAGAGAGAAUCAUUCGAACGAGAAGUGCGAGAGAGGCAGGUGCGUGAAAGAGAGGCGCAAGCAUUUGUAGCCGAGCCCACAGAGGACAGGGGAGCAGCUGAGGACAGGGGAGCAUCUGAGGAGAGGGGAGCGGGGCUGCUGAGGCGGCUGAGAGCAGCCCAGCAGCAGGCGCUGCUGCGCUUAGAGGUGGGGCUGGAGCGGCGCCUGCAGCAGCUCAUGCAGGAGCUCGUGGGCCCCUCCGUUCACGUGGAGUUCAGCCUUCGUCGCGGCCGCCUCGUCAAUGCUGACGGCAGCCUUGCUGCUGGUGCUGGUGGCGAUGCCGCUGCUGCCGAACCUGCUGGCUUCGCAGGCGCGGGUGGUGCUACCACAGAUUCAGACGGAGUCACAACCACCACAAUCGUUUUUGGCAACCGAGGCCACUUUGGUAACCGAGGAGACUAUCUCGACGGCCCGGGCUUAGACGCUUUUCUCGACCAGCUCGUUGCUGCAGACGCCCAACAACGCGGCAACCCCCCAGCGGCGCUAUCCGCGGUCGACGCGCUGCCAGCUGUCGCCGUGCGAUUGGAGGACGUGGAGAGCGGCGCGUCGUGCUGUGCGGUGUGCAAGGAGGUGGCGGAGGUGGGGGAGGAGGUGGUGAGGCUGCCGUGCCGGCACCUGUACCAUGGGGGGUGCAUUCGGCAGUGGUUUGCGGUGAGAAACUCGUGUCCUAUCUGUAGGUUUGAACUGCCCACUGAUGAUGAGGAGUAUGAGGAGCGGAGGCGGCAGCAGCGAGAGCGGGAGCAAAUGGGGGGCCGGCAGGGAGAAGGGGGAGAAGCAGGGCGGCGGCAGAGAGAGGGUGAGGAAGCGGGUUGGCGGCAGCUAGAGGUGGAGGAAUCGGGGCGGCAGCAGAUAGCAGGGGAGGAACCAGGGCCGCAGUUGGGGGAGGGGGAGGAAGCGCGGUUGCAGCAAAGAGGAGAAAGAGACAGAAGUGGUGUUCAGAGCGGUGUGGAAGGAGGUAGUGAGGACGAGGGCGUAAGGCAAGGCAGGGGAAACACCAUGGGGGAGAGCAUGGGGCAGGCCUUGGGGGAGGAUGAGGGGGAGGAGGGAGGGAGGGGAGUGGGAAGCGUGAGUUCACAGGGUCGGAGUGAAGUGGGUGGUGUGGGGAGGGGAAGGGGCAGGCGACUGCACAGGCAAGGAGGCCAUUUGCUGCGCCUGGCUGGCGUUGUGGCUGCGCUUGCUCUGGGGAGGUCCGUUGUAAGGCGCAUUCGAAGAGGGGAGCCGGGUCGGUUGGGAAUGAACUCGAGGGAGGAGUGA